GUGAAAACCGUGCGAUGAGCCGUGAAAUGUUGCCAGACUCGUCGAACUCUUGUGAAUUUUACGUCUCAAUAUUGGAAGCUACCUCGAGCAGUCCUCCACUGGUUUUCUUGGUCAAGCAUAACCAAGAAUUUCCGUCAUCAUCGAUUUAUACUUCAAAUUCAUCAUUGGAAAAUUUUGAUGGCUUUUCCCUCAACAAAAGAAAUGAAGCAGCUUCAGACGAAAAAACUAAUCCUGCAGGUACAACUCAAUCUCAGAGUAAUGUUACGAUUCACUCUUCGAAUUCCGGUGUCCAAAACCCUUUUUCCAAUAAUCUAAAUACAGAAAUGCAUGCAAAUAGUAUUUCAUCCAAAAAUUUUGUGAUUCCAAAACCUUGUCUGAAAGGCAACAAUGGAUAUUAUCAGUUAAAUUCAAAAUCAAGCUCCGUCUGUGAUGCUAAAGACACGCCGACAGCAACAAAAACGUCGCAGCGGCUUAUUUCUCUGCCCAGGACAAAUGGGAUACAUUUUAAGAUUGCACAAACGAGUUCUUCUACUACAAACUCUCUUCCUAUGACAAAAAUGGCUGCUUCAGCCUUCCAAAAUUAUUUACCAGUCCAACAAAAUGGGCAGGCGCUCGACUCUUCUGGAAAUUUUACGGAAACAACUCGGAGUUCAACCGAUGCUGAAGAUGUCAAUAUAACGAAAUUAUUUAUUGAAAAUACAAGUCCUAUUCACGGCGAAGAGUUGACCACAGUUACUAGAAUUAGCAAUCUAAAACCGAAAAACUCCUACUUGAAAGCGAAAGAAAUUAAAUGCUUGUCAAAAAAAUUUCUAAACGAUGAUCGUAAAAAGGCUUCUGUUGUCCAUCGAGAUCAUUAUUUUCAUUCAAGUGGGAGAUUCCAAACUAAUUUCAUCAGUGCCUCGUGUGACGCUUCAAAAACGCAGAAAAAAACGAGGCCGGGGCUUCACUGUUGCCAUUUCUGUCCCUUCAAAGCAAUUAAUGAGUCUAUUAUGAGACAACACAGCUUCUUGCAUUCUGUUGAUCAUCCUACCAGAGAACCGGAACCUAGAGAACGAGCAAAUUCCUUACCCAAAUCACAUGCUGCUGUUCUAAAAUCGGCGAGUCCUCCUCCUUCCAAUAAAGUUCUAUCAAAGUUGACAGGGCGUGAAAAUUUUUCGAGUAUUUCCCAAAGCACACAAAUGAAGGCACCUAAUUUGAAGCGAAAAUUUAUCGAGCAGAACAUUGGGGUGUUAAUGAAUCCUGAAGCACCUCUGUCUUCAAUCGCAGGAAACCAAAUGAAGAUGAAGACAUCUGAAGAGCCAUCGGCGCAUCGCAGUGCGACUGCGAUGAUUGGAAGAGCCGUGUCUUUAGCUCGCUCAUCUUCUAGUCGUUUAGCAGCUGUACUAAAUGAAGAAAGCAAACAAUUCAUAACAUACAAGCAAGCAUAUUUAAAUUCUCACGCCGACCACCCUGUAUCCUUUUCUACCAGUCGUUCGCACAAGAAAGCCUCUGAACCAGAAGAAAGCACACGGUUGAUGAAUGAUCCAACUGCAGAUUGCUCUUCAAUAACUGGAAAAAUUCCUGGAAAUCGAGCAUUUAACAGCGAAAUAACUCCAAUUACUAAAUUUAGAACCAAGAUCAAUAAUAGAGUUCUGAAGAAAUCUACAAAUACUGGAAAAAUUUACGAGCACAUCCAAGCCCAACAAACAGAACAACAGGUCCGUCAUACCUCUGGAGAAGAUAAGCAAGCUCCUUCAAUUAUAGAUUCCAUCCCCGACCUCACGUCUGAUCUUCAGGAGUCGAUACAUAGAAAAGAGUCUGUUUUUCCUUCUCGGAUACCAUACAAAAAGUAUGCAAAGCCCUUCACAUGUUCUCUUUGUACGUUUUCAGCAACAAAGAACAAAGAAAUCUGUUAUCACUCGACACAUGACCAAACACAAGGUCAAAGUCACUCGUAGAAAGCGAGCUGCUAACAAAAUCGUCUGAGUUGUGAAUUUGAAUAACAUUAUCUUGUUGUCUUGAAAUUACUUUUGUUUGUUUGAUCAUUGCAGCUUUUUGACGCUUUGUGUUCGUUGGUUUACCUCAUUUCUUUUGAUCAUGCACGCUUCGACGCCAGAUAAAAGUAUUAUUCUUAUAAAGUAGGCAUUAUAAUCAUAGGUGCUGCAUCACGUUUCCAUUCAUUCUUCGGAGGAUCCAAUCGAAAGUAUUUCUAAUGCAAGACAUUUAUAUUGUAUAUCCAGAUAAUGCUGUAUCUAAUAUUUACAUGUAUACGCGUAGUACAGCAUGGCAGAUUUCUGGCUCAUGUCCGCUUGUAUUUUAUAUUACUGUCAAAAUACAAAAAGGAAACUUCUUCAGAUCGAUUAAAAAAUUAGUACCUUAUAGUAUUUCCUUGAGUUUACAACGGCAGCUAUGUUGUCCCUGAAUUUGAUGAAUUCAAAUAUAUUAAACUUGUUUAUAUAUGGAUUCUGCAAACCAAAUUUUCAUUUACGUACAUGAAAUUGUUUUGUUAUAACUAAUAAUUUGAUAAGUCAGGCAUGGCAACGCAUGAAAUGGAACACGGAAAUAACCCUUAAAUCAGGCAUCGGUUUAUUUAUUUAUUUCGGAUUCAUAUUAAUCUCAAUUUAAGCCCAGUUGUGUGGCAGGAAUAUCAAUGAAUUUUAUUUCAAUUGAUAAUUUUUUCUUUUAUCAAGUUUUUUACUUAAAUGAGAGUAGUUAAUACAAUAGUGUCCUAUUCUAGGGCACUACCAAUAUAUAAUAUUCGACAGGAUUUCACAAUUAAUGGAGUUUGAAGUAACUCACUUUUAUUGUGAGUACUAAUCCACUCAAUCAUUUUUUUAUCAUUAAAUCACUGGAAUUAAUGCUAGACAAUUAAAAUUGGCAUAUAUUGUUUGUUUGGAUUAAUAAGUCUACGGACAUGCUCCUGAAUUUAAUAAGCUCAACGCUGAAAUUUGGCUUUUGACACGAUGCGCCAGAAUUCGGGGCUCCACAAGAAGUUAAUAAAUCAUAAAGUAAUUCUUCUGAUAAUCAAUAAAAGUCCUUACAAUACAAAGUUCUCAUAAAUAAAUAGCGAGUCCUCCUAAAUAAAUAAGCUGGAGAU